AUGACCUAUGAUGAAGCAGAGAAGUGGUGCAAAAAGUUUCAUACUAACUUGGUUGCCAUUCAGAAUAAGAGCGAAAACUACUAUCUCAAUGAAAUCUUACCCUUCAAUCCGGGUUACUACUGGAUUGGAAUCAGAAAAAUUAAUGGUAACUGGACCUGGAUAGGAACAAACAAAUCACUGGGAGAUGAUAAAAACUGGGCUACCGGUGAGCCAAAUGGCACAGGAAAAAAUGAGGACUGUGUUGAAAUCUACAUCAAAAGAGGGACGGAUGAUGGCAAAUGGAAUGAUGAGAAUUGUGAGAAAAAGAAGGUCGCCUUGUGCUAUAGAGCUUCUUGCAACGAGUCUACCUGCAGUGGCAAUGGGAAAUGCAAUGAGACUAUUAACAAUUACACCUGCGAUUGUAACCCUGGAUUCUAUGGGAGGAAUUGUGAACUUGCUGUGACCUGCCCUGCCUUAACACCCAUUGCGCAUGGCUCUGUGAACUGCUCCGAUCCCUCUGUGAAUGUCACCUGGGGUAGCAACUGCACGUUCACUUGUGAGGAAGGAUUUGUCCUGAAAGGACCAGCCACGCUGCAGUGCGGAUCUUCUGGGGACUGGAUUGGGGAGCAGCCAUCCUGUGAAGCUGUGACCUGCCCUGCCUUAACACCCAUUGCUCACGGCUCUGUGAACUGCUCCGAUCCCUCUGUGAAUGUCACCUGGGGUACCAACUGCAUGUUCACUUGUGAGGAAGGAUUUGUCCUGACAAAACCAGCCACGCUGCAGUGCGGAUCUUCUGGGGACUGGAUUGGGGAGCAGCCAUCCUGUGAAGCUGUGACCUGCCCUGCCUUAACACCCAUUGCUCACGGCUCUGUGAACUGCUCCGAUCCCUCUGUGAAUGUCACCUGGGGUACCAACUGCAUGUUCACUUGUGAGGAAGGAUUUGUCCUGACAAAACCAGCCACGCUGCAGUGCGGAUCUUCUGGGGACUGGAUUGGGGAGCAGCCAUCCUGUGAAGCUGUGACCUGCCCUGCCUUAACACCCAUUGCUCACGGCUCUGUGAACUGCUCCGAUCCCUCUGUGAAUGUCACCUGGGGUACCAACUGCAUGUUCACUUGUGAGGAAGGAUUUGUCCUGAAAGGACCAGCCACGCUGCAGUGCGGAUCUUCUGGGGACUGGAUUGGGGAGCAGCCAUCCUGUGAAGCUGUGACCUGCCCUGCCUUAACACCCAUUGCUCACGGCUCUGUGAACUGCUCCGAUCCCUCUGUGAAUGUCACCUGGGGUACCAACUGCAUGUUCACUUGUGAGGAAGGAUUUGUCCUGACAAAACCAGCCACGCUGCAGUGCGGAUCUUCUGGGGACUGGAUUGGGGAGCAGCCAUCCUGUGAAGCUGUGACCUGCCCUGCCUUAACACCCAUUGCGCAUGGCUCUGUGAACUGCUCCGAUCCCUCUGUGAAUGUCACCUGGGGUACCAACUGCACGUUCACUUGUGAGGAAGGAUUUGUCCUGAAAGGACCAGCCACGCUGCAGUGCGGAUCUUCUGGGGACUGGAUUGGGGAGCAGCCAUCCUGUGAAGCUGUGAGGUGUGAGGCUGUAACCUGGCUAGAAGGUUUCAUGACCUGUGACCAUGCCCCUUGAGAUCUUGUCUGUCACUCCUGUUGUGAUUUCCACUGCCAGGAGGGCUAUGUACCGGAGGGCUCCUCCAGCACUGAGUGCAUGGCAGAAGGGCAGUGGUCAGAGCCAUUCCCAAAAUGCAAAGUUAAGAGUUACUGGUUGUACAAUGUGAAUCACUGA